UGCUAUUAUUUUCAAAGCGCGGAGUUAUAUAAAACUAAAAACGUCAAAAUAAUAUUAACACAAUAUACAUGUACAUAUAUUAAAAUUUUUCCAGUUCGAAUGGGCAAUACCACUACUAAAAACAUUUAUCGUCAAAAUCCAAAGUAUACUAGUCAGUAUAGCCUUAGUGAUAUAAUUGUUGGAAGUUGCAUUGGGACUUCUCACUCUUCGAAUAAGGAAUCUAAGUCAUGGUCCCGUGGUUCUUACAGAAGCUGGAGCGAAGGUACAUUGUAUGAUCCAUUAUGUACAUCGAAAACAUUAUGGCCUGUCUCACGUUCCCAAACUAUGUUCCUACCAGAAUUUCCAAUAAGACAAGUCAAUUUACAAGCUGCUUAUACAUUUAUAAGUGUCAUAGCAAGAGGAGCUUAUGGAAAAGUUUAUAAAAUUCAGAACAAUGAUAGUGGACAAUAUUUUGCACUGAAAGUAAUAAGCAAAGCCAAAGUGGUUGCAGAGAAUGGUAUAAUGCAAGCUAAACAAGAAGUAUCUAUACAAAAGCUUGUUGGUCAUCACCCAUUUAUAUUAAACUGUUCUCAUAGAUGGCAAGGAAGAAAGACAUUAUAUAUAUUAACUGAUUAUAUCAAUGGAGGAGAGCUGUUUUCAUUAAUUGAACAGUGUGGCUCUCUGCCUGAAAAUGUAGUUAGAAUAUAUGUAGCAGAAAUUGCUUUAGCUAUUGAUUUUUUACACAAUGCUGGCAUAGUACAUAGAGAUAUAAAAGCAACAAAUGUUCUAUUAGAUGAUGAGGGUCAUGUUGUAAUUAUUGAUUUUGGCCUUGCAAAGUGGGUAAAUCAUACAGAAAGGACAAAUACCCUUUGUGGAACACCAGAAUAUAUGGCACCAGAAAUAUUUAAACUACAGUAUUAUGGACAGGAAGUCGAUUGGUGGUCACUUGGAGUCUUAACUUGCUUCAUGCUUACAAAUCAGUAUCCAGCAGGUGCAUCCAGCGAACUUUUGCCGGAGAACAGAGGAACUGGUUACGCGGCUGCUGGAACUUUACCACCGAACGCGGAAAGCAUUUCUCCAGCCGCGAAAGAUCUGCUGAAACGGCUUCUACAACCUGACCCCUGUCUCAGGUUGAGGUCUCUGUUGAGUCUGCAGAGAAUCGCUUUCUUCAUGGGUUAUAAUCUGCAGAGUUAUAUGUCGAAGAAGGAAUCUCCGUUUCGACUGCUAGGACGAAAGGUGCAAACUCAGGAGCUAAGGAUCAAGGAAUUCUCGAAUUUCGAUUUUUCUUUGUGUGAUAGCGUCUUCAGCGCUGAUCAUCGAUGAUCUCGUGAAUCUCUAGUACUUACUUUACC